UUUCUUUCUUCUUCUUCUAAUAUCGACCGCAUCUUGAACGCCAUCUAACGGUCAUUUCAUGUUUUAGUUUAGUUCUCUUUGUCGCCGCUAGAUGACGAAUGAUUAAAGACGAUACGUAAUGGUCGUUUAAUUUCGAUGUCGUCACGCUUAUUCCGGCCAUCCGAAACGGGUCCAUCGUCUAGUCCUAAUAAGUUUUCACGGCGGUGACCACACAUCACCUGCGGGCAGAGGUUGCCUUUUUGACCUCAUUCGAUGGAAAAAGACACGAAAACAUAUCUCAAAUGAGGAUAUGUUUCAGAUAAACGAUGACCUGUAACCUAUAUUUAAAAAGCUCAGCAUGCAUGCCGUCGAGACUGCUUUUCUCCAGUUCAAACUGUUCCUGCCGAGUUCAGUUUAAAGGGCUUUCUUUAUGGCGAUGCCUUCAACAAGACUUUGGCACCGUUUUAAUGUUGACUACUUUCAGACUUCUGGUUUGCUGCUGCUGGUUGAAAUUGACUGGGCCAACAGGUCACCAGUGAAAGUACCGUAUUGUGUGCAAGAUUUUCAUUCACGAACAACAUACCAAGACACGGCCAUCAACCAUCGGAUUGCCAUUUUCCCCACCACAACGGCACAAAUGCCCCGUUUUUGGAUGUUUCGUGAAAUGCUGCACUGUACAUAUAUGAAGACAUUGAAACAGCAGAGUUUUCCCAUAUAACGGUAUACGUAUGUAUAAUCGGUCGGCAGACAGCCAGGAAGUUUUUCAAAAGUUCUCGUUCUUCAUGUUUUAUAUGGACAUUGUGCGUUUGUUUUUACCCAAACGUGAUACAUUAAAUGAUGCUGAACCGGUUGAAAUGUGCCAACAUUUUUGGCCAGUUAAAUGGCCACGGGUGUGGUUAUUCGCAUAUACAUUUUUGGGGAUCUCAAAAUCUGCCGAGUCAUUUUGCUGAUGCUUUCUUAUUGUAAAGAUUAUCACAAGGAAGUUUCGUGAACAUUAUCGCGUGAUCAUUUCUGGGCUCCAGGCUUUUUAAAAUUAAUUGCUGCAUAUUAGCAAUAUGCUAGUAUUCCGUUAUGAUGAACUAUUUAUAGCAUUUACGCAACUACUCUUGCAGUAAUAAUAUUUUCCGUUCACUUGAACUUUUAUGCAAAUGUCCCGUACUACAGAUCUGCCAGCAGUUAUAAAUCAUUUUCAUAUAACAUCGAUCCAUCAUCGUGGCUUAGUAGGCUCUAUAUUUAUGCCAAUUAUCUCGUUGCUUUUGACUUGCAACAGACCUUCGUAACGUUUUGGAUAUUUGUUACCUUUUUUUUUUUGAAAUAUUCUUAACCUAAUUAACUUUCUUUGUCCAUGGAAAUGUGGCUCUAAAUGGCACAUUCACGCCAUGAGAAAAGGAAAGUUAUUGUUUCUGGUAACAUGUUGUGUUGACAAUGAAAUAGAUUGUCGUAUUUCUCAACGUUGCACUGAUGGGCGACAUUAUAUGCAGUAAGCUUUUAAUUGUCAUGACAACUCAAAGAUACACAAAUAAUAAGCGUAAUUGCCAUUAACUAAUUGCAGAUCAAUUCUCUGAAGAAUAUCUGCUGUCCUUCAACACACAAAACAAGGAUCGGCAAACGAGAAAAAUGCCGUUGCAUCGCAGUUGGAUGCACAGUUUGUAAAACACCAUGGGUCUAGAACGUUUAAACAUUUUAUUCUUUUUGAUUAACGCCACUGGCAUGUUGCCCUACCGAAUGAUAUUGGAUAAUAAGAAAAAGAAACGAUUCGAACGCUUCGAUAUCGGAUGGCGUCACCCGGUUACAUGGUGGUUUGUAGUCGUUUUAAUCAUCCAACUCAUUUAUACACCUUACAUUACCACCAUGUCAGUUCUAAGAGAAAUUUCCGGAAGUAAAAAUGAGUCUGUCAUCUACAUAACAGCUACAGUUUUGUGGGUCAUUUGUUACGGAAUAGUCAAACUUAUUCCUACUAUCCUUCUCUUCCGCGUUGGGGGCUUUAUAACGGCAUUAACUGAUCUGAAGAAAGUCGAUCGAAUUCUCGACAAGAUUCCAAACAAUCAAUGUUCUAGUAGACAGCGCACAGUUAUUGGAUUUGCAUGUGCAAUCAUUGUGAUGGUGAGUGGGCAGAUUUGCGCCAGUUAUAGGACGUUCUCUCUGGCUGAGAAGACCGAAAUAUUACGUUUAUUCUUCGAUUUCUUCGCCGAUUUUAUAACAUCACUUCAGUUUUUUACAUGGCUUCUUUUGAUCCAUUUAACUUAUUACAACAUCGCUCAUCGUAUUGCCAUUCUGGCACAUUUCCUUGGUGAUGACCAAGAGCCUAUCCGAGGUGGAAAGAAGAUUACUGUCGUUCCAGUAAAGGCUAUUACUAUCGGACCCGACACUGGGCAACUAAGCUUCCGUCUCCAGAAAGUCGACUACGUAUUCGAUCGAUUGGCUAAGACGUGCAAUCAACUCAAAUGCGUUUUCUCAUUCCCAGCUCUUUUAAUUCUUUUGACAACAUUUUUAAGUUGUACCAUCAACAUUUUUCUGUUGUUGCAUUAUUUCAUUCAGCCGACUUCAGUACACAACAAUAUUUUACUCUAUUUGGUCUUGUUAACCAAUGAAAUUGGUAUGGCUUUGGUAGUUGUUGUAUCUGCUGGUUUGCCCGCUCAGGAGGUUAAACGACUCCGGGGUAAAUUUCUGCGACUUUCAACGAAGGAGAUUGAUUUAAAUGACGAAGCACAGUGCGCUGCCAUUGUAAUGGCGUUGUCGGAAGAACGAGUUCAAUUGUCAGCCGGAGGGUUAAUGCCCAUCGGGAAAGAAUUGCUCCCCUCUCUAACGGCAACGGUCAUCACUUAUUUGGUCAUCCUGCUGCAGAACGCAAUCCACAAGAAAGCGAUCCAAGACAAGGGAACAGCAGUAUAAACAGAUGAGCAUCAAAAUACCCUAAAUGUUUAAUGGUGUACCAAAGAAAGGUGUGUAUUUCUCGCAAUAUACAAAUCACGAAGGCAAAUCAAAGAACAAACACAACUCAACAGGAUACUUUCAGAUAACGCACUUACACACACACACCUUGUCCCCUGUUCUUUGUCGGAUUUUUAAAACAAAAACUCUGUUUCCAUUUGAUGACAUAUACAAUAAAGAUGUAUAACACAA